CGUCCCCAGCCAUGCCUGCUCCUACUCGAGCCAAUCAUGUGUCACCCACCCAUGUGUUCAAUGCAUCGCAAGCUCAACCAACUGCUGCUACGACCGUCGCUAAGACAUCAGGGAAGCCAGAAAUGGCGGAGGUUCCCAGUGAUGGUUUGGUCGAUGUUCAAGUCACCCAUGCUACUUCUUUGGAGGUUUUGAUGGAUAUCUCGAGGACACCACUUGGCCAACCAUUCAAUAUGGAGCCUAAGCCCCUGCAAAAUCAGCCUGUGGCCACCGGGGAUCUACCUCUGACAGACAGUUUGAACAUGGGGGACACUAGGCAGCCGCCGUAGUCACUGGGUGGGGGAUCGCACCACUUAUCACCUAGCGUUCGUCACGGCCUUCCUAGCUGCAGUCGGACAUCCAGGGGGAGUUGUCAACUCCACCUCCUACUUCUGAGUAAUACCCCACUUGCCGGCUAGUUCAAGAAGUGUCUCUCCCCUUCCAUUUUUUUAGUAAUGUUAGACAUUUUAUCGCGGAACUGCCAAGGGGUAGGAAAUGAUGAGUUAUUCUGUUUUUGUAUUCAUUUUGUGGGACUUACCAUCAUGAUAUUGUUUACAUUUUCGAGUCACAUAUCAGUUGAAACACGGCGAAGCAAGUUAUCGCCCAUUUAGGUUUUGAUGGGAUCCAGAUGAUUGAUGUUUGGGUUUCCCAGGGGUCAUUUAGAUGCCUGGCAGGAUCAGAACCUAAUGGUAGAGCAACUCUGUGUGUGGGAGCAGAUGAUACAUUUUGAGUGCCAAUGUUGAGGUGUGACCUCAUCGCCUGUGCUUCUCUCGACGAGUUAUGGUAAUCCAGAUGCAACCACAAGAGGUGAUUUGUGGGAUGAGAUCCGCAUAUUGACACGCAGAUGUAAACUCCCUUGGCUCUUGGCUGGAGACUUGUUCGAGACCAAGGUUCACUUGGCGCAGGGGUAAUCUCCACCAGAGACAUGAUCGGGCUCUAUGCAAUAGAGCUUGGUCAACGAA